GAAACUACACACGGCCCAGAGGGAGUGCGACAAGAAUAGGCGAAGGAGUAGAGGGGAAGGGGCAGAGGGGAAGUGAGGAGAAGAGCGAAGUAUCCCACCUCCUCCUCCUCCUCCUCCUCUCCGGCGGCGACGGACUGCAGAUCGGGGACUCUGGCUCGCCUCUCCGUAUUAUGUCUGCACUCCGAAGGAAAUUCGGGGACGAUUACCAGGUCGUGACCACCUCGUCCAGCAGCUCAGGCUUCCACCAGCAGCAGGCGUCGGCUCCGAAGAAGAAGCGCCAGCGGUUCGUGGACAAGAACGGCAGGUGCAACGUGCAGCAUGGCAACCUGGGCAGCGAGACCAGCCGCUACCUGUCCGACCUCUUCACCACCCUGGUGGACCUCAAGUGGCGUUGGAACCUCUUCAUCUUCAUCCUCACCUACACCGUGGCCUGGCUUUUUAUGGCCUCCAUGUGGUGGGUCAUUGCCUACAUGCGGGGUGACCUGAACAAAGCCCACGAUGAAAAGUACACCCCCUGUGUGGCCAACGUCUACAACUUCCCCUCUGCCUUCCUCUUCUUUAUCGAGACAGAGGCUACCAUUGGCUAUGGCUACCGAUACAUUACGGACAAAUGUCCGGAGGGCAUCAUCCUCUUCCUCUUCCAGUCCAUCCUGGGCUCCAUUGUGGAUGCGUUUCUCAUUGGCUGUAUGUUCAUCAAGAUGUCCCAACCUAAGAAACGGGCAGAGACACUGAUGUUCAGUGAACACGCUGCCAUCUCCAUGAGGGAUGGCAAACUUACCCUCAUGUUCAGGGUGGGCAACCUCCGCAACAGCCACAUGGUCUCUGCUCAGAUCCGCUGCAAACUCCUCAAAUCUCGGCAAACGCCGGAGGGUGAAUUUCUCCCACUCGAUCAACUUGAACUGGAUGUAGGUUUUAGCACAGGGGCAGACCAACUUUUUCUUGUUUCACCACUUACAAUCUGUCAUGUGAUCGAUUCGAAAAGUCCCUUUUAUGACCUUUCUCAGCGAAGCAUGCAAACCGAACAGUUUGAAAUUGUUGUCAUCCUAGAAGGGAUCGUGGAAACAACUGGAAUGACUUGUCAAGCCCGGACGUCCUACACAGAAGAUGAAGUUCUCUGGGGUCAUCGUUUCUUCCCCGUUAUAUCCUUAGAGGAAGGAUUCUUCAAAGUAGACUAUUCCCAGUUCCAUGCAACAUUUGAAGUUCCCACUCCUCCUUACAGUGUGAAAGAACAGGAAGAAAUGCUUCUUAUGUCCUCCCCUUUAAUAGCACCGGCUGUAAGUAACAGUAAAGAACGGAAUAAUUCUGUAGAAUGUUUAGAUGGCCUUGAUGACAUUGGUACAAAAAUACCCUCAAAACUCCAGAAAAUGACUGGAAGGGAAGACUUUCCGAAAAAGCUAUUGAGAAUGAGUUCGACCACUUCGGAAAAGGCCUACAGCAUGGGGGACCUUCCCAUGAAACUUCAGCGAAUAAGUUCUGUUCCUGGCAACUCAGAAGAAAAACUGGUGUCUAAAACCACAAAGAUGUUGUCAGACCCUAUGAGCCAAUCCAUGGCAGACUUGCCGCCAAAACUUCAAAGAUUGUCAGGAGGAGCAGGUGGCAGAAUGGAAGGAAACCUGCCCCCUAAACUGAGGAAAAUGAAUUCUGAUAGAUUUACAUAACAUGAACAAACCUUUUAGGUAUUAUUUCAAGUGUGGUUUGCCAUUCCGUCGCUUUUGGGCAGGAAAGAAACGCAGUGAAAUUAGUAUGGAUGGCCAAUUUUCCUUAGAACUACAUGCGCUCUGGGGCAAAGCUCUUCCCCAUGAGGAGAAAACCUUCUGUUGAAUUCCACAAUACAAAAAUCUGAAUUUCAGCUUAAGGCCAUAUGAUAGCUAACAAGCUACUAUUAAUCGGCAUGUAGUAUCACCACAAGCAUGCAAGAAUAGUGUGCAAAUUUUGCAUAUAGUUUUAUGGCAUGGUUCUUACUAUAUUUAUACUGUAUAUUCUGGAAAAAUGUAAAUGGGGUGUUAUUCUUCUAUAUUUCUUAAGCGUUAAGUAGUAGAUUAAAAUUAAACAGGGCAGGUUGUAGGUUAAAAGUGCCCUUACUACCAGGGCAGGUUUAUAGGUUAAUUUAUAAUGGGCACAAUUCAACUAAAGUUAAACAUUUUAGGUAUGAGCCAUUUGCCUAGUCUACUGUCUCCAUCCUUUUCAGCAAGAAGGGGGAUUUUUGGCUGUCAACCCCGCCCCCCUGCCCUGCCCAGCAGCAGCAGCAGCUUUCCUAUGAGUAAAAGGACUGAGUGUACCCAAAGGAGCAAUUGGAUCUGCCCUUUUGUUAACAUUUAAGGAAGUGCUUAGAUGUUUCCCAUUUCAAUCAAAGGCACUUUAAAGUGUUUUGCAUUGGCUGAAUUUUGCCCAUUUUCUUCCUGAUGUAAAUUGUGAUGUUUUCUUCAGACAGUUGUAGUGCAUGUUUUCUUUGUUGAAAUAAGGCUAUACAUAUUAUGAAACCUUAACACCAGACUUUUAGCCUUAAGCUCCUUCCUUUAUUCUUUGUUUUGACAUUUCCCCUCCCCACACCAACUUUCUUUGUUUAUUGAUACAGGGACCCCUAUCUUUGCUUUAUCUAAAAAUACAGUAAUGUUGAGGAGUGGGCAAAAUGGGAUGCCAGAGAGAGUUUUAGACAGAAGACAUAAAAUCCAAAGCAAGUGAUUGUGACAGAUUCUUGUUUUAAAUUCAUUAAAAACAGCUCUGAAGUGAAGUUCAAAAGGGAAAUACCUUCUUGAUUUAUUAUGCUGACUGCUCCACUCUGGUAUGCAUAUGAUAAACUUACUUCUUCUACAAAGUAGAUUGAUUUUUCCAUAUAUCGUUCUUCAGACUUUUCUUAUAAAUGCUAGAAUGAAGUUGGAUUCGGAUGACUGGGUGCCUCCUAGUAACCCCUUGGAACAUUUCUGUGCAGCAUGUUGAAUCCCUUGGGAAGUGUUUAUCCUACGAAGACCUGGCUACUGCGAUUGUGCCUAGUAGCUUCUUGGAAAUCCAGUGCCACAGGGUCAGUAUUUCGGUGGCUGUUAGUAGGCUCCCAGUCACCUAAAUCGUCCUCGAGGUUUCUUGCACAGUGACUCUUCUUUGUUAGGGUUUGCAGUUUUGUGAACUUAUGACACUUCUUCACGUCACAAGCAGCCUUCCUUGGCAGGACCUGAUGGUAUGAACUUCCCUAGCUCCUCCUGAAAUUAAUAUGCAUAACUGAAAUGAACGCAAUGGAAGCUAAAUGGUGGCUAGGUGUCCAUCCUGCAUUGCCAGAGAGAUCACAGCCUUAGUGGCCCUUCUGUAACGCCCAAGGAGGGAAAGCAUCUUUGUAGUCCAGUCCCGGGCUCAUACAAUCUGCUAGCAAAAUAGGUUAGAUGAGGAGCAAGGUCCCAAAUCUGCUAGAAGAGCCAAGGAGCAUACACAGGACAGCCACUAAGGGGGAGACACAGGCGUGUGCCACCCGUGCUGGCUUCCACAUGCCAGCGGGGCUAUUAAAGCAAUACUAAUGGAUCAGGAAAAGAAGGCAGUAGCAAUAGCCAAGUGAGUCAGAGGUCCCUGGAAAAGGGGAGCUAAAAGGCAUAGCAAACCUAAUUUUCCAUGAUAUUUAAUUAUAGCUAUUACAAAAUGCAGUGGUAGAUCUAUUUCCAAGGGAAAACGACUUUGAUGGGCAUUCAGAAGCUAUUGCUACAGCCUGUGGGGAGUCCUGCUACACUCUGCCAUGACAUGUUGAGCUCUCUAUACCAAUGGAACCAUAGGGCAGCAGUGGGGUGUGGGGCCAUUUGUAGCGGCUGUUGUCACAGUUCCUAGUUAUGAGCAGUACAGCUGUAAAAAUACAAGCUCUUUUUUUGCUGUAUGAAUCAAGGCAAAUUAUAACACCAAGCUUUCAUACAGCAGGAACCUCCCAUGCUUGAUUUUUUGUCAAAUUCAUAAUCUGUCAAUUAUAAAGCAAUAUUAAAAAACUACCUAGAAGUCAUAUAAUGCCAAGACCAACCCGCCACACAAUGCAAAAGCCACAGUCCUAAUAGCAGGAUUGCUCAUCUGCAUACAACUAGUCCAUAACAUAGAGCUUUACCCUAACGUUAGCUCUGCUUAAUGUGUGCAACACACGUAAGACGUCUGGGAUCAAGCUGCAACAUGCCUGAGGUUCCCCACCAACCUUGUUUGAGAGAACCUGGGUGUGAAAAUAGUUGGAAAGAUGCCUUCAUAUCCUGGACAAAAUGUUGUGUUCUGAUUAUCCUUCAAGCAGAAAACACACGUGUGUGUAUCACAUACUAAGGGCUGAUUUCACACAUGCAUUAUGAAUAUGUAUCUCUUGAUGUGUAAUCACAUGAGCGAUUGUGUCUACCCUUGUGAGUAAUGAAACAGUUUGGCUCAGGUCAACGAAUUAUCCAUGGAACGGGGACCGUGUUCCUCUCCAUUUCUGCUGCAGUUUUGUUGUAGCAGCCAAACACCAGGGGCUGGGUGUUCUGUCUGAAACCACGUGGGAUGCAAAAUGGAGUGUGAGAAGAGGGAAUUGGCAUAAAUUAGGGCUAUGCCUUGCAUUGGUUCCACUGGACCCAAGUCUCAUGUUUGAGAUGCUUUGAGGUGCUGUGGCAAACACAUGCUUGCGCUGAGGUGUCCAUUUUGCACAUACCAGUUUCUGGAUUUUGCCAUUAUCAGAUCAACAACAGGCAUAUGUUCUCACCCUGAGUGAUAGCAAAAUUAUUACUGGCAGCAGUGGCAUUUUGAUGCAUAUUUCUAAAUCUUCAUAAUAAUUCCUUCAAGUAAAAAACUUUAUAUAGAACGUAGCAUACAUGAUUAAUUAAAACCAAUUUAAUGAGGGUGAGGGUUAGGGUGGACAACUAAAAAUAAUAGUGCAGUCCGAAGCAUGUUUACUCAGAAGUAAGUCCUACUGAUUUCACUUGCUCUUACUUCCAAGUAAGUAUGCAUAGGAUUGCACUGCAUAUUCUAGCGAUUUACAUUUAUCUAAAUUUACUUGCAUACAUUGAUUGACAUCCCAAAGGGCUCUGAACCAUUUAAAACUGAACAAGUGGCCAUUUACAGUUCUGUCUUUUCACUGACCAUCCGCUAUUAUACGCAAUGAAAAGCGGACUGAUCGACAUUGGUAGCAGGCCCAAGUUCCCAGGUGGAACGGACGGCAAGCGGUGGUGCUUCGCACAAUGCGCUGGUGGUACAGGCCUUGCCUUUUCUUCAUUGCUCAUUUACCAGUUUAAAAGGUGUGAACUGAAAUGCAUGCUUCUGCUCAAGUUGUCAGUUCAGUGUGCUGCGUCUGUAAUUCCCUGCCCAAAGAACCCCCCUAAAAUUCAGAAUGUACGUUGUCACCCAACUGUUACUAUAUAACAGGACAAAUGCAAAGAAUUUACAUAUGGCUUCCCCAACCCAGUUGCUAAAAGUCACAUCAAAAAGGUGCCAUAGAAGCACCAGAACCCAUCUCAUAAUGUCUUUCUGUGCUUAAGUACGGAGGCCGGAGAUGCUUUAAGAUUUGUUGCCUCGUUCCUCUCAAAUGCUCGUAACUUUAUUGACAUUUCAUUACUGAACCUUUCCUUGCAGGAUCCCAGAUUGCACAGGGUUAGUAAGAGUUGCUCAUCUAUAAAGGACACAGUCAUCUCGGUGCAGUGCAAGAUAGCUGAGCAGACUGACACAGGACCCUUCGUUUCUGUGGAUGCAUUCUUCUUGCAUUGCUUUUCUGUACUACCUUCCUUCUCCUUGCAGGGAGGCCAAGGUAGCUUGCAAGGUUCUUCCUUCUAGUUUGCCCACAUACAGUUUUGUUUGUUUUCUGUACCACCCAUUAGCCAAAAAAGCUUCCCUGGUGGCUCACAAGCUUAAAAUAUACAAUAAUCAUAAAAUAUAAUGCCAACAAAUAGCAUCAAACAAUUUCAAUAAAAUAGGAAUGGAUCCACAGCAACCACAUUCAGAUUAAUCUGGAGGUACAGCAGCAAUAAAAUACGAUAUAAAUUAUGAUAACAUUUAACUAUUAAAACGCUGGGUAAAUAAAGAGGCUUUUACCUGCAGGCGGAAGGAAUAAAGGGUAGGUGCCAGGUGCACCUCUUCGGGGAGCCGAUUCCAUACUUGGGAUGCCACAACCAAAAAAGCCCUUUCCCCAUUUGGUCCCUUGCUGGGAACUGCCUGGAGAGUUUUGGUUACUGGGAAGUAUUGAAAUAAAAUUAAUAUUAGUCGUAACAACAACACUGUGAAGUAGGUUUGGCUGAGAACAGUGACUGGCCCAAAGUCACUCACUGGGCUUGAACCCGUAUAUCCUGAGUCUCAGCCCAGCUCUUUGAACGACCAUAUCGCAGUGACUAAUGAUAACAACGUUUUAAAAAAGUAAGCUUUGAUUCAUUCAAGGGACUGGGAAUAUGAAAGAUAAAAAACACACUUUGCUUUUCCCCGCCAGAAUCAAGGUUGUUCAGCUAAUCUUGCUGCAUGAUUGCACUGUGUUGUUUAUUUAGAUGAAAAUUCAUUUGCUUUUGCUCAAUACAUCAGAGUGAUCCUAAAUAAAUCUGGCACACUUUCUUUCUUAGAAACUUUUUAAAAUUUCCCUUUCGAGUAUGUGUGCGUGUUUUUCUUUUUCUGUUUUGUUUAGUAGCCACUUGUGUUGCAUUAUUUGCAUUUUUGCCCAGCCCUCCUGAUUAUGCUACUAAGGGCACAUUUCCAUUCCAGGGUAGGCCGAAGAAGCCCCACAGCUGCCACCGGGCUCCACGGCAGGUCUCUGUUUCUGCCUACGCCUGAAUGGGAUUGUGCCCUUAGACAGUUCUGUUUGACUGCACAGCAGGUCUGUGUUUUUGACUGCUGAAUUUAUGCUUGAAUUAUAUUGUAAAUUGUACAUAUUCAAAUUAGAAUCAACUAAUUGCAUUUUCUGGCAUGAGAUCUAUAACUGUAUAAAUGCAUAAGUAUAUUUGGAUAAUAUAAAAUUAACAAACUCUUGUACUCAUUAAUACUGCAAGCUCAGUUUUAACUAAAGCUAUAUUAAACUUUUAAAAAUUGA